CAUGCCAGCACAGCAAGCGAAGCAAGCCAGCCCCACACGUGCGUGCGUUGCCGUCGGAAGCGGUCGCGUCAAGGAGUCGCGCCUCUGCAGUCUGGACAGCCCCGGACAUCCCGCCCCAAAAGUCGAUCGCCGCUCCGCCGCCAUGCCUCCGCCUCGCUGCCUGCUGCUGGUGACGCUCGUCGCGGCCGCGCUCGCGUUUCCCGUGAGCGCCACGUUUCGGAGUCGGUCCAUCCCAGGCUCCUCCCUGCUCAAGACCGUCAAGCUGCGCAUCUACGGAGGCUCGCUGGAGGACUACGCGCAGUACUUCGCGCUGCCCCAGGCCGACAAGGUGCUCAACGACAUCCGCUUCGACCCCAGGAUGCCCACCAUGAUGUACUUCCACGGGUACACCGAGACCCCGGACAAGGAGAGCGUCAAGGUGGUCAUGAGCGCCUUCAUCGCGCAGGCCAAGUACAACGUCAUCUUCGUGGACUGGUCCAAGGCGGCCGCGCCGCUGUACCCCAUCCCGCUGAUGCUGGUGUCCGAGGUGGGUCGCAUGGUGGCUUACCAGCUGGACGCGUGGCACGAGGCGGGGGCGCUGUCCAUCGACACCGUGUACCUGGUGGGCCACUCGCUGGGCGGCCAGGCCGCGGGCUUCGCCGGCAAGUUCCUCACCAAGGGUAAAAUACCCAGAAUUACAGCGCUGGACCCCGCCCUGCCCGGGUUCAACAACCCCAACCUGCGGACCAGCCACCUGUCGUCCUCGGACGCGCUCUUCGUGGACGUGAUCCACACGGACGGCGGCAGCUACGGCGUGGCGUACCCCACCGGCCACGCCGACUUCUACCCCAACGGCGGCGCGCGGCUGCAGCCCGGCUGCCCGGCCGGCGCCCGGAUCCUGUCCGACGACGACUUCUGCAGCCACUGGCGGUCCUGGCGGUUCUUCGCCGAGUCGCUCAACGCGACCGGCACGCCCUUCCUCGCCGUGCAGUGCCCCAGCAUGGAGGCCUUCGGCAGCGGCAGGUGCUCCGGCAACAAGCCCGUCACCAUGGGCUACCACGCGCACCCUAGCACAAGAGGGACCUUCUUCCUGGAGACGGGCGACAAGCUGCCCUUCGCCAAGGGCGAGGCGGGCAUCACGCCCUCCCCGAGUGCGAUGGCGAGGGCAAGACGUCUUAGGCAGUCACGGAGGAGGUUCUUCUUUUUCUGAUCGACGGAGGGUCUCCGGAGGCUGUGAACUACAAUUGUGAUACACCUAGAGUAAGGUAGGCGGGUGCGUGUAAAUAUGUGUAAAUUGUAAAUAGAGUGAGAGAGCGAUAUGUAUGUGUGAAAAAGACAGAUGGGCUGAUUGGAAGCAUAUUUAUUGAAAGGUGAUGACGUAGUUGGUCCUCAGAGAAGAACAGUUAGCUCAAGCUGGCUUAAGAGGCGCUACCACUGUAAAUUUAAUUUUGAUGUCCGGCAAUAAAAAUUGGAACAACA